UGGAUAUUCCGGCUUGUUCCUUCCAUCACAAGUUCCGGUUGUUGCAUCUUUCACGAAGCGAUCAGGCUCCGAGCCUCAUCGACACCAUCACCACCGGUGUUCACGGCUUCACUCACCAUCUGGAAACUGCAAUUGGAUCCUUCUGUGCCUCGGACAUGUUUCCCUUUUCGAACCUCCCCCCUUAGCACAAGCACAAGAUACUUCAGUUCCCUUACUAGAGGAUGUCACCAGCUUGCGCCGCUUGCCAGGUAACAUCCGCAACACCGCCUUCGCUGUCAGCCAACAUCCAGCUGUCCCACGUCGACCCCAGCUCGCGAAUUGCGAGUUUCUGUUGGGCGGCUGUGUUUUUUUGGACGACCUUAUCGUGUCUCAACACCACGCAUAUCCGUCAUUCCAUGCCGUCUCGCCAGUCAACCCUUCGUCCCCUCACUUUUCCUCUCUCGCCGGCUUGUAAUGGCCACCCAAUGCCUGGGCGUGCUCGGUCGAUCGCGGCGUAUCUCGACCUCUCCUGCCCUCGCACCAGUUCACCCUACCCGCCCCCGUACCACAUCCAUCUCUCAUUUCACAGUUCAUGUCAGGACGGGAAACCAUCACAUUAUGGGUGUAAUCGCAGGGCUCGCAGUGUUUCACACACUAAUGCACAAGGGUCCUUUCCUCUGUUGCGCAGAGUCUCAAGUCCUCUCUCUGCACUGAUCGACAAAUCUCCUCCCUCCUCUUUCCGUGGUAUCUCGAGGGAAUAUCGAGGGUCAUGAUGGGGUUUCCUCCGAGUCAGCCCAUGGAACAUUAGGGGGCGUGAUGUCGUGUAACAACGACCGGGCCUCAAGUUGUCAGCACACAGUACUUCUGCAUCCCCCCUCUUCAGCUUUUCGAAUAUGGCCUCGCUCCAGCUUGAAGGUUGCCUUUCCGGUCCCAUGCAUUACUACCUACCUGGUAUUUCCUCGUCUUGUUAUUCGUCGCCUUCUCUUCAGCGAACUUUCAAUGUCGCCGGGGGCAAUUUGAAGA